CAUGAUCUUUCAUUGCUCGUGCUCACUCUUUCCUGCGAGCAACUUGGCUGCUUUAGAGCUUUGCUCGAAGGAAAUGGCAGUUUUGUUGUCAACAGUAGCAGUGACCAAGCCAAGAUUGAAGCUUUUUAAUAACAAUGGCAUUACACAAGAAAUAUCUUCAAUCCCAAUUAAUAUUUUCACUGGAUUGAGUUUAGAGAACAAGAAACACAAGAAGAGAUUAUGUUUUGUAAAUUUUGUUGCUAAGAAUCAAACAAGCAUUGAAACAAAACAAAGAGGUCAUGCUAAAAUAGGACCUAGAAGAGGAGGUAAAGACUUAGUUUUGAGUGAAGGAAGAGAAGAAGAUGAGAAUUACGGACCUAUUUGUCCUGGUUGUGGGGUCUUCAUGCAAGAUAAAGACCCAAACCUUCCUGGAUAUUAUAAGAAAAGAGAAGUUAUUGUUGAAAGAGAUGAAGUAGUGGAAGAGGGGGGUGAGGAGGAGUAUGUUGUAGAUGAAUUUGAAGAUGGUUUUGAAGGUGAUGAAGAGAAGUUAGAGGAUGCCGUUGAGGGUAAACUUGAGAAAAGUGAUGGAAAGGAAGGUAAUUUGGAAACAUGGGCCGGUUUUGAUUUGGAUUCUGACGAAUUUGAACCCUUUUUAGAAGAUGAAGAGGGUGAUGAUUCUGACAUGGAUGGUUUUAGUCCAGCUGGGGUUGGAUAUGGUAACAUUACAGAGGAGAUAAUAGAGAAACAAAGGAGGAAAAAGGAGCAGAAAAAGGUGUCCAAAGCAGAGAGGAAGAGGUUGGCUAGGGAGUCUAAGAAGGAAAAGGACGAGGUUACAGUGUGUGCUCGAUGUCAUUCUUUGAGGAAUUAUGGGCAGGUCAAGAACCAAACAGCUGAAAAUUUGAUACCUGAUUUCGAUUUCGAUAGGUUGAUCACAACUAGGUUGAUGAAACCUAGUGGCAGUGGUAAUGUUACUGUUGUUGUUAUGGUUGUUGAUUGUGUUGACUUUGAUGGCUCAUUUCCUAAGCGGGCAGCACAGUCCUUGUUCAAGGCAUUGGAAGGAGUCAAGGAUGACCCUAGAGCUAGUAAAAAGUUGCCUAAGCUUGUUCUCGUGGGUACAAAGGUUGAUCUCCUCCCUUCUCAAAUUUCACCUACCAGAUUAGAUAGAUGGGUUAGGCAACGUGCGAGGGCUGGAGGGGCACCUAAGCUUAGUGGGGUUUACUUAGUUAGUUCUUGUAAGGAUGUGGGUGUGAGAAACUUGUUAUCAUUCAUUAAGGAAUUGGCUGGUCCUCGAGGGAAUGUGUGGGUUAUUGGGGCUCAGAAUGCAGGCAAGUCUACUCUAAUCAAUGCAUUAGCCAAGAAAGGAGGUGCUAAAGUCACAAAGCUUACAGAAGCUCCAGUUCCUGGGACGACAGUUGGAAUUUUGAGAAUUGGAGGGAUUCUAUCAGCUAAGGCAAAGAUGUAUGACACUCCAGGUCUUCUACAUCCAUAUCUAAUGUCCAUGAGAUUGAAUAGGGAUGAGCAGAAAAUGGUUGAAAUACGAAAGGAGCUACAACCUCGAACAUAUAGAGUGAAGGCAGGACAGACAAUACAUGUUGGUGGCUUGUUGCGACUGGAUCUCAAUCAAGCAUCUGUGCAAACAAUCUAUGUCACAGUUUGGGCGUCACCAAAUGUUUCUCUGCACAUGGGGAAGAUGGAAAAUGCUGAUGAGUUUUGGAAGAACCAUUUUGGUGUUCGUUUGCAGCCACCAACUGGCGAAGAUCGAGCUUCUGAGUUAGGAAAAUGGGAAGAGAGGGAAAUCAAAGUAAGUGGAACAAGCUGGGAUGCCAAUAGCAUUGAUAUUUCUAUAGCUGGUUUAGGCUGGUUUUCUGUUGGCCUCAAAGGGGAAGCAACCCUGACUUUGUGGACAUAUAAUGGCAUUGAGAUCACUUUGAGAGAACCUUUGGUCCUUGACCGAGCACCAUUCCUUGAGAGACCUGGAUUUUUGUUGCCUAAGGCAAUAUCCGAUGCUAUUGGCAACCAAACCAAACUAGAAGCCAAAAUUAGGAAAAAGCUUCAAGAAUCGAGUCUGGAUUUUCUAUCCGAGGUUUCUGCUUAAACGGGAAGGAGAUGAUCAAUGUCCCUUUCAAAGUUGCCUGCUCAAGUAGGAAAGAAGAUCAGUUUGUUUCUCUUCCCAAAGCAACUUUUGGAAUGGGAGACGUGUAUUUGAAGGAAAAUGGGUUGAUAGUAAGGUUAACUUCCCAUCUGGGCAAAUCAUGAUUUUGGCAGCCGGGAUUAGUACAGCAAAGAUUGCUUUAGAUGACAGUUUCUUUCUUGACUUGAUGGGUGAAGAGCCAGGGGAACGAAGUGUGAAAAUGUGUCAUUUGGAUCAAAUGUGUAACUUACAAACAAAAUGGUAGCGUUUGCAUAUACAAUAUUAAUACAUUUUUGUUUAUAAAAUAGAGACAUAUUUAGAGUCAAUUGAAUAAUUACAAUUUACAGUCCGUAAAGGGCAUUGUAGCUCAUUGUUCACUCCACACUCCUUGAUCUUGUCAGUGAAUGCAAGUUAGUUUACAUUUUGCUUGUUCGACA